UAUGUGUGAACACAGCCAGACUGGAAUCAUUUUACAAAGACUGGCGCGCUUUUUAUCCGCGCGUGUAUGUGAUUAGGGCCAAAUCUUUGCGUUUAUGGCAACAAUUCCCGUCCGUUCCCCACACGGCGCGUACUAUUUGAUGAACAUUUUACAUUAGUUGCUCGGGGGCCAAACAAUGAAAAGCUUUCUGAUCAUUGCACCAGACAAAUGGCUUGGGGUCUGUGACGGAAAAUCUUAGGUCACGAUAUUUCUCUCCUUUAAGAUAACGAAUGGCGACAAAUGAUUGUUGUGGAGAGCCAGCCAAUGUUUCCCUCUGGUGUUCCCUGCUCCAGCCCUUGUUCAGCUUUCUCCAGAUGAUUCAUCCCUUAUGUGAGAAAUCUGAACUUUUGUUUUUAUUUCACUGGUCUGGACCAGGAAUGACGAGCUGCCUGAACGCAUUGAGGAGAUUCACAAGUGAACAAGCACCGGGCUGGAUUUUCUUUUCUUUUUCGGUUAAACUAGUAGCCUUUGUGUGGGAAUGACUCGCCGUACAUGACAGUCACUAGCCCAUAGCUCCUGCAGCCCCCUCCACAAGGAAGCUUUCAAACUUUGAGGAUGUGGAGAAGACAUCUGGCCAUACAGGAGAAGACGGCCCGGUAACGCACCUCUGGACGACCUGGAAGACACAUGCGUCUUCUGACAGACCUGAGAACCCCUAGGAUGGCCAGACACCGAGGAUCCACGUCCAGCGCCAUCUUAACAAGUUGCUGAAUGAACUUGCAGCAUUCUUUGUUCAGUACCAAUCGGAGAUCAGUGACAGCUCCGUCCCAGCACCUUCACUUCUCCCCGGGCGGAGGGUGUGAGUGAGUGAACGAGGAAUAGGAGGGGGAUCUAGGAGAUGAGCCUGUGAGUCAGUCUCCAGCCAGCAAGUCAACUUCUCACAGCCUCCAGGCGAUCACUGACCCGUCCAGUGCUGAAGAGAAGCGUCUCCCACAGUGCAGCCGCUGCUCUCCCAGCUAUGCACUCCGUUACCUCUCCCGGCACUUGCCUAUGUCUACACGUCUUGCUCUUGUGCUUUGGGGUACAGGUAAAACAUACAAGAUUAAACAAUAUGUGAAUUGUAACACUACCCACGUAAUAUACCUGAUUUAUUGUACCAAAUGCAAGAUGCAAUAUGUUGGAUGUACCACUACCCCACUUAAGAUGUCUGCUGCUGAAGAAAACGUGGACUUCCGCAUUCAUGUGGAAAAUCAAACAAGAGGAAGAGAUGACGUCAGCAGGAAGCAGCUUCGGGUCUACCAGCUCUAUAGUCGAACAAGUGGCAAACACAUUCAAGUUCUUGGAAGAAGAAUAAGUGCUAAGGGAGAGGAUGGAGAUAAAUAUGCCCAGUUGCUAGUGGAAACUGACACUUUUGGAAGUCAAGUCCGGAUAAAAGGAAAAGAAACUGAUUUUUACCUUUGUAUGAAUAGAAAAGGCAAGCUUGUUGGGAAGCCAGAUGGUGCAAGCAAAGAAUGUGUCUUCAUCGAAAAAGUGCUUGAAAAUAAUUACACAGCUUUGAUGUCAGCCAAAUAUUCUGGCUGGUAUGUUGGUUUUACCAAAAAAGGAAGGCCUCGAAAGGGACCAAAAACUAGAGAAACCCAACAAGAUGUCCAUUUUUUGAAAAGAUACCCGAAAGGUUCGUCAGAGUUACAGAGGCCUUUCAAAUACACCACAGUAACUAAAAGGACUAAAAGAAUAAGACCCACAAAGCCACGUUAAAAGGGAAAAAUAAGCUUCUUAAACAAUAACUUUUCAGUUUGAAUCUAGUACAAGACAAGACAAUUGUGCAAAAAAUACUAUCAAAAGGAAAAGAACACCACUCUUCUAUCUCCUAAGUAUAUGGUUUUUAUAUCUGCACUAGAUUUGUGCUAAAGACAUAUUAAAUGCUCAGUAUCACAUUUUCAACGUUACUGCACCAGAGAAAUAUUUUUACAUUUUAGAAAAAAUGAGGAAAAGCUAUAUUUUUGUACUUUGUGUUUAAAAAAAGAUGUUCAGGAAUGCUGGAAGACUUCACUGUAACUUGAAAAGACUUUGUUCUAUUUUAAUUGACGCAGGUGCUCCUUUUCCUUGAGUAGCGUCUGAGCAGAUAACCAGAGAAACUGCACAAAUCAGAGUGUUUUUUCCCCAAAAUUAGAUUAACAAUAUGCAAUAACAUAUCUGUUAUCUGGUGCAAGCCUUUAACAAAAUAUCUAAGUGGGCACAAUUAAUGAUCGAGUUUCUUUGGAAUUCUCGAUACCGUUUUUCAUGUAAAUGACAUAAGGUGUCACAUUUGUGUGAUCCUGCACUAGUCUCACUUUUAAAAAUGCUGCUAAUAUUACAAAUGACUCCAUCAUCAGACUGAAUGCUUUUACAAGCCGCAUUUAAAUGUGGUGUUUUGAUAUACAUAUUGAGAUGUGAAUUAUACUUUUUUUUUUAGAUGAAGAUUUUAGAAGUUACUUUUGGACACAUGUACAUUUUAACAUGCAUUCUUGUUUUCAGAUAUAGAGGUUUUACUGGGAAAAUUUGCACUGGUUUAAACUGGUUGUAUCUUUUCCGUCUAUGGUAUGUAUUGUAUAUAGCUAUUUAUUGCACAUUUGUAUAUAAUAGUUCAAUAGUAAUGCUGCCUCAAUAGUCAAGACAUAUUUAAACAGAAAUAUGGAAUGCUACAAAAUGUAGUUUUUUUUUUCAGAAACAGAUUUAUUUUGAAAAAUUCUACAAAAUUAUUUAGUACUAUAGUGCAUAAUAUUUAAAGUCGAGUACCACCUUUGAUUAAACAUAGCUAUAUAGCCAACAAAUGUAAAACAUUGGUGACAUUUGUUACAUUUUAUGCUUUUGUGCAGUAAGGGUAUGGUCAUACCUGCCAUAUUUUGCUACUUAUUUGCUGCUAGAUGUUUUCCUACUCAUUGAAGUCAAUGGGUAUCAAAAUCAACAGCGUAUUUUGGUAUUCAUUGACUUCAAUGUGUAGGAAAAUACGCAGCUGCAAAUAUGCACGCAAAAAAAUCAUGUGUGAACCUACCCCAAACAGGUUGUCUAAGAUUGGAAAAGGCGGUCUGCUAUGCCUGGCAAGAAACUCCCCUUUACUUAUAUAUGGACUGUGUCUGGUAUUGCAGCUAAAUCUCAUUUAAAUAUAGCUAGAAUGAAACACAAUCCAUAGGCAUUCGAGAUGCCAAAUAUAAGAACACGCAGACCCUUUUCCUAAUCCUGGACAGUCACUUUAAGGUUUGUGUAAAUUCACAUGUAGCAUGUUUGUUACUGUAAGUUUUACAACUCAUACUCCGUUCUAUUCAUAAUAAUGGAGAUGCUUUGGCAGCAAGCACAAGGAUUUCUGCAAGCCCCACUCAGUUAAUUAGGACCAUCUAUAACAUUUCAGCCGAUUUGUUGCAGAAAUGUCCAUGACUGUUCUAUUUGUCUAAAUGAAGCUUGUGGAAAUCCAUAUGCAUGUUGUAAAGCAAUGCCAUUAAAGGGGCUGUCCAGGGACUUUUAUGUUUAAAAGUGUCCAAACUGUGGCAAGUAAAUAAAAACUGUCAAAAACGUGUAUAGGUAGCUGCAACCAGACAAUAGGGACAAUAGUAUUACUGCCAGAUGAGUACUAAUGUGAAAAAGGUUGUGUAUCCCAUACAACCUGCGAACUAUGUAUAAAGUGGGGGUACACUUUCCUCA